GCAUUUCCAAAUAGCUACCAGAAGUGCCUCCUUCUUCCCCCAAAUACUCAAGGCAGUCACGCUCACUUUCUCCCGUGCUAGGGUUUCUGAGCGAGCUAGAUUCCGGCGGCGUGAUGGCCGGCGGCGCGGCAGAAGAGCGCCAGACGCGCUGGGUCCCUCUCUUGGAACCAAUUCUCGAGCAUGGACGCCAGGAAAUGGCCUCGCUGCCGAUCCCCGACGAGCUCCUGGUGGACAUCUUCCUCCGCCUCCCAACACCAAUCGACCUCGUCCGCGCCUCCGCCGCCUGCAUCUCCUUCCGACGGGUCGCGGUCGACCGCUCCUUCAUCCGACGGUACCGCAAGCUCCACGGCCCGCCCCUCCUCGGCUUCCUCGACCGACAAAAAGUCUUCUACCCCGCCAUGGCACCACACCCCUUGGCAUCGGCAGCCAACGCUGUUGCUUUGGCCGCCGACUUCUCCUUCUCCUUCCUCCCCGCCCCCGCCAGCGACUGGGUCGUCCAAGACGUCCGCGACGGCCGUGUUCUCCUUGACAGAACCCCCCAGUACGCCACUGAUAGUACUAGACACCUUUUCGUCUUCCCGGAGCUGGUGGUUUGCGACCCCUUGCACCGACGGUACCUCCUGCUUCCCCCAAUCCCUCAUGACCUAGCCGCUUCCGUGGACGACCCACUCUGGACAGACCGGUUUCGUUACUGCGAGAUCUUCCUCGCUCCCCCUGGCGGUGACGACGAGGAGGCAUCUGCUGCUGAAGAGACGUCAUUCAGUGUGAUCUGGAUGGCGCAGUGUACAACUGAGCUGGUCGCCUCCGUCUUCUGGUCCAGCACCGGACAAUGGCGAGCCAUAUCAUCCAUGAGCUGUAGCGAUUUGUUUUCUGGCUUGCUACCGUUGACAGGGUCGCAUCACUUCUCCUGGCGACAAUAUUCCUAUGGUUGUUUCUAUUGGGUGACAGAUUGGAGGGAAAGAUUGUUGGUGCUUGACACGCAGACGAUGGAGUUUUCCAUUGCUGAGCCCCCACCCGAAGCCAGAGGUUUGCCCUGUGUGGAUAUAGCCAUUGUGGAGGCAGGAGAGGGCAUGCCCGGUAUGUUUGUUCUUUCAGAAGAUGCAGUUUACCUCGACUAUACUAUCAGGCGAAGUAAUUGUGGGAGUUCUAGCCAGUGGCAACAUGAGAAGACAUUCUCACUAGAUUCUAAGUGCUCAGUCAUGGGUGCAGUGGGGAGGCACUUGUUGCUAUAUCAAUUGGGAAACCCAUCUCUCGGUGCAGGCUGUUUCUUGCUGGACGUAAAGACACUGCAGCUUGAGAGGCUGUUAGUUUCGAACUCCUCCAGGCCCUAUGGACACAUAUAUAGCAACUUCCCACCAUCAAUGUUGUCGACACCAGCAAUAUCAAGCGGUGUUGAGAAAAAAGGUGCUGGGGAGGAGACGCCGGAACAAGGCUGUGCCGCUGCAAGCUCAAGAGAACAGUCACCAUGCUUAGAAUAGUGCUGAUGCAAAGGCUGAAGGUGAGGCUGAUGCGAUGAUGAUUAGAGGUGCUGAGGCUGCAACAGAGCUCGACAAUUCAUCACUAAGUUGGACCUCUUUUGUGUCCGUUUUGGUGUGUAAAUAUGGUCACCCAGAAGCGUAGAAACCUGGAGUCUUCAAGUUGUGUGCCUUGAUCCGACAGCGAUCGGUGCCUUGGUUUGUUGCGUAAGGUAGCGAGAGCAUGAAGAAUGUCCAGUUUCUUGGCAUGUAGGUUAUGUAAGACUAUGUAAGAAGUCAAAGUAAGUGUGGCAUUGUUGUA